CUGGAGUGGCUUACCCGUGUAUUCGAUCCUCAAACAAGUGGACGAGCUAACGGAAAGCCCCGGGUCCUAAUUUGCGAUGGUUUUGGAACACACGAGACCCUCGAAGUCCUAGAAUUCUGCUUCGCUAAUAAUAUUACUAUGUGCCACCUGCCGUCUCACACCUCACAUAAACUACAGCCCUGCGAUGUUGGAGUCUUCGGGCCUCUUAAGACAGCCUAUCGUGACGAGGUAGAGCGGCUCUGCCGGGGAGGGCUAGAAGCUGUCAGCAAGGAGCACUUCACUUCUGUAUACAAACCUGCUAGGGAAACAGCGAUUACCAGGAGGAAUAUCAUCGCCGCAUGGGCCGCAAGUGGCUUGUCCCCAUUCAACCCAGAGAGAGUCCUUCGAAAGAUGCCAAAACCGCCCUCUGAGAUAGCUGUUCUAGACGUGCUUGCUUGUACACAAGACCAACAAGUAGUGCAAGUACCUGAAACUCCUGUAACACCAGUAACGACGGAGGCUGUAAUGUCUUUACAUAACUUAAUCAAACAGGAUGCGCAUGCACUAGGCGAGCAGAGCAACCAACGCCUGCAGAAGUACGUACAGAAGCUCGCGAGUGCAGCGCAGAUAUCCCUUGCAAAACAGACGCUUCUUCAAGAUCAAAAUGAGUUCUUGACGAAGGUCAACAAGGAGGCUACAGUUCGGCGAUCGACCAGGUCUAUUGUCUUAGGGAAGGCGAAGGUGAUGAGCUUCGAGGACCUUGAGGAGGCACGAGCCAAGCGUGCUGAAAAAGAGGAGAAAGCGUCAGCUGCUAAGGUUCCUAAGAAACGGGGGCGUAAGCCUAAGAGUUCUGCUGAGGUACCGGUAGAAGAGGUGACAGAAGUAGCAGGUGCGAGUCUGCAAGGAGAAGGCGAAGCGGCUGAUGCUACAGUGCAAACUAACAACAUACCUGGGCUGCGUCAGCCAGAGACAAGACCGCUAUGGAGAGCACCUGUUGCAAAGAUAUAUUGAUGCAUUAGUACGGAAUUUGAGCCUUUGCUAUUAAGCCAAC